AUGGUAUUAUCAACAGCCACCCCUGGCGACAGCCCGGACGGAUUGCUUCUUCCGAGCCAGGAUCCGUGGUAUACGGCUCCGCCCGACUUUGAAGCCUCUACUCCUGGAACUGUGCUCCGGGUUCGAGCUGUCCCGGGUGGUCCGGCUGUCUUCAGCAAUGCCUCUGCAGCCUUUCAUAUUCUAUACCGUUCUACUGGCUCGCGAUACCAGCCAACCUGGGCAGUGACAUCUCUGAUCAUCCCCAAGAAGCCCUACGUCUCACCAUCCGGAUUCAAUGCCCUGCUUUCUCAUCAGCUUGCGUAUAACUCGCCGAGCAUCGAUUUCGGACCAUCAUACCGUAUCUUCCAGCCACCACCCGUGAGCACGUUUGGCAUCCCUACCAAUCAUGAAAAUGUUGAUACAAUGCUAGGUCGUGGUUGGUUUGUUGCCAUUCCCGACUUCGAAGGACCCCGCGCUGCCUUCGGCGCCACUGUCCAAGCCGGCCAUGCUACUCUCGAUGGCAUUCGCGCUGUUCUUUCUCUGUGUGGCAAUUCCGAAUUUUUGCUCUUACCUACCAGCGCAGACAAGUUCAAGUAUGCGAUGUGGGGAUAUAGUGGCGGCUCGCUCGCCUCCGAGAAGGCCGCUGAGCUACAAGUCCAAUAUGCCCCUGAGCUGAAAACCGGCUUCGUGGGUGCCGCGUUAGGUGGCUUGGUAAGCGAUGUAGGGCGUGUGUUCAGUUUCACCAACAAAAUGCCCUUUAUGGGAAAUCUAGUCUUGAUUUUACUAGGUAUUAUGAACGAAUAUCCCGAGGUUGAUACAUAUCUCCGUAGCCGCCUUAAGACUGACGGACCGCAAAAUGCCGCUGCCUUUCUUAAGGGCCGCGAGAUGGAUUCAAUGCAGGCUUUUCUAGCAUACCCCAACCAGGAUAUCUGGGGCUUUUUUAUUGGUGGUCAGGCCGACUUUGAGGAAUCAGAAGCUUUGCGUAGGAUCAAAAAGGUUGAGUGGACCCUUGGUUUCCAUGGUGCCCCGGAGAUCCCUCUCUUCGUUUAUAAGGCAAUCCAGGAUGAGUUUACGCCUAUUUCUGACACGGACGAUCACAUCGCUCACUACAAACGGUAUAAAGUCUCUAUCCUGUAUGAACGCAAUAUGGCUGGUGGUCAUAUUUCUGAGAUUGUACAAGGUCAAGAUAGAGCAUUGAAGUGGCUGGAUAGUGUGUUUAGCGGCUCGCAUAACACUACAGACCAAGGAGUUGAGAUUCGUGAUGUUACCGUAGAUAUUUAUAAGCUUCCUACUAUUUAA